AUGAGCGCAGACAGCAGUGAAACGCACGUAAAUGAAACUGAUACUGUAGAAACCGAACGUGUGAAUAUUUGUAAAACCCAUAAUACACAAGAAUCAUCAUCAAUAACAAACAAUGAACAAUUUCAUGAACAUCCAAUUUUGAAAAAAUAUCUUCCAAAACAAUUAUGUGAAAUAUUAGAACAUUGGCUUGUGGAUGGUACAUUAAAUGAAGAUGAAAAAAAAAUCUUUCGAACUUGUGCAGAAUUUCUUUUUAAAUCAACUAAAAUAAAUUCUGAUGCUAAAGAAUGGAUUAGUCAACAAACUGAAUUAAUUAAUCUUACUGAGAAAUGUUUAAAUGAAAUAGGAGCUUAUGGUUAUUAUAUUGGAGUUGGUGGUGUAGAAGAUCCAAAUUUAGAAUCAUUUGAUUGGCUUAUUCAAGCAUAUGAAAAUGUUCAAUGUAAACAAUUACUUGACACAAUUGUUAAAUGUGUAACAAGUCGUUUCUAUGUUGAUGUUUUGCAUGGUUUGAGUGAUGGUAAAGCAACAUCUUUAAGUGUUACUGAGCAUUUCCUUCUUAUUACUUGUCCAAAGUAUAUUCUUACUUGUGAUAGAGAUAAAACUUAUUCUUCAAAAAUAGCUACCAAAAUGUUAGAUUAUUAUGAAGAUCUACUUCACGCUUUUCUUCCUCACAUUAAAGACUGGACAAUAUCAGUUAUGUCAUGUUUAUAUUAUCCCAUAACAUUCGUUUUGUCCUUUGUUCCAUCGUUACCAUAUGAACAAAGAAAACCUAUGUACGAUAUUAUUCUAGUUAUACUUUUAAAUACAUCAACAGCUGAUUCCAAUACUGUAGGACCACGCAGUAAAGUGAUUUAUACGUCGCUUUGCUUAUUAAUUGAAAUGGUUCGAUGUGAUAGAAUUUUAUUAAGUGAAUUAAAAUACAAGAGCGAUGUAAAAUCUGAUUUACUCAAAAUAUUAAAUGAUUUAUCGAAAUAUGAAAACAAUGAACAAAUACAAUUAAAAGCAAUAGAAUUAACCUCAUUAUUGCUACCAGAAGAAGAAUUUCGCAAAGAAAACAAUACAGAACGAGUCACUGGACUCUUUGUUAAAAAUUUCAAUGCCGCUAUUCAAGAUGGCAAAUCUAACAAGGCCGAUGAAGUUUUAAGAGGACUAAAUGAUUUGAUACAAAAUGAGGAUGUUAAAGAAGAACUUAUUAAACAAAAUGCGUUGCCAUCAAUAAUACAAUUUGCAAAAGAAACAAACGAUAAUCCAUUACCAUUAGAAACAGUCUAUGCAAUGACAUUUAAUAAUGAGGCAAAAAAAGUUAUUCGUGAAGAUACAGAAUUUGUUGAUCACGUGAAACAAUUACGUGAUUCUGAAAAAAAAGACGUUUCAAAAAUGGCACAUGGUAUUAUGUGGAAAAUAGAAGAUGAAGAAAAAUUUAGAAAAAAAGAAGAAGAAAAAGAUAAAGAUGCAAAAGACGCAUCAAAAGAAAGCUCUGAUAAAGAAUCGAAACAAUAUGAUAUGAUGAUUUCAUAUUGUUGGGCACAACAACCUUUAUGUCAUAAAAUAAAUGAUCGUUUAGAAAAAGAUGGUUAUAAAGUUUGGUUAGAUAGAGAUGAAAUGCGUGGAUCAAUUAUUGAAUGUAUGGCUGAAGCUAUUGAAAAAUCUCGAUAUGUACUUAUUUGCAUGUCAAGUAACUAUAAGAAGAGUACCAAUUGUAAAGCUGAAGCUGAAUAUGCAUUCAAUCGAAAAAGCAAAAUAAUUCCUCUUGUUGUCGAACCUAAAUAUAAAGCCGAUGGAUGGUUAGGAUUUUUAGCUGGUUCCAAAAUUUAUGUUGAUUUUGCUGAUAAAGAAGGAGAGGAAUUUGAUAAAGCCUAUGACUCAUUACUAGAAGAACUUAGACGAAAUGGAUUGGACGAUACCAAUGAAGGUAAAGAUAAUACAACGGCUGUUGAAACUACAACUGAAUCAGAGUCAAAACCGGAAGAACCAAUAAAAGAACCUGAACAACCUUGUAUUCAAACAAGAGAAUAUUUAAGCGUUCCUGUGGCAUCAAUGUGGCAUGAAAACCAUGUUCAGGAAUUUCUAAUUGAUAAUCAACUUAAUCAAUUAAUACCUAUUUGUGAAUCAAUGGAUGGGGAAGCAUUAAUAGAGUUUCAUCAUGCAUGUGAAACAAAACCUGAUAUCAGGUAUGGAUUACUUUAUAAUCCAAAAGGAGAACACUCAUUAUCAUUUGGUACUUUUUUCAAAUUUAUUGCUAAACUAAAAAAAUAUUUACCAAAAAAACCAAUACCUAAACUUUAUUUUCGAUACAAUUUUAUUUAUCCGUCAUCAAAUUCAACGGUCGUAGGAACUACAGACAAAGAAACCAAUCAAUCAAAAUAA